UCAAAAAUGGCGGUAGAUGUUCUUUCUUCCAAUAUAAUAAACAAAUAAGAAAAAAAAUCUCCCAGCAGCAGCCACUGCGACUUCCCUUAGGAUUGUACCUUCAAUUUAUCUAAUCCUGAAGUCCUUGUAACUCUGUGGACUUCCGCUUGCUUCCUAUUUUGCUGUGGAAGACAUCACCAACCCCCGCCAUCACCAUGGCUGCCUCUAGUUUGCUCUGGAAUAACCCAAACUUCAACCCUUGUUCCAAUUCCUUCAGCAAAAACAAUUUCUACUCCACCCCAUAUGGGUCUGUUUGUUUCACUCAAAAGUUCCAAUUUCACAGGAGCCCAGUUGUGAAAGCCAGCAAGAAGCAAAUAGAGUUAGCAGAUGAGGUAGAUAAGGAAGCUCCUCUUUCCAUGCUCACUCUGUUCUCUCCUUGCAAGAUUAAUGUUUUCUUGAGAAUUACGAGCAAAAGGGCAGAUGGCUAUCAUGAUUUGGCAUCUCUUUUCCAUAUUAUAAAAGCCCUUAAUCUCUUUAGGAAAAAGACAGGCACUAACAAAUACUUUUGGAUACACCUAGAUAAAAAGGUUCCAACUGGAGCAGGACUUGGUGGUGGAAGCAGCAAUGCUGCAACUGCACUGUGGGCUGCCAAUCAAUUCAGUGGCGGUCUUGCCACCGAGGAAGAGCUCCAGGAAUGGUCUGGAGAGAUUGGUUCGGACAUUCCUUUCUUCUUCUCUCAUGGAGCAGCCUAUUGUACUGGUCGUGGUGAGGUUGUUGAAGAUAUGGCCUCACCUAUUGCUUUAGACAUUCCUAUGGUUCUUGUUAAGCCCCCACAAGCCUGCCCAACUGGUGAAGUCUAUAAGAUUUUUGUUUCAUUUCCCUCCAUCCAAUAUGAAAGCGACUAUCUAUCCUUGGCUGCAGAACUUCCAGCGUUUGAAGUUCUUCCAUCACUUAAAAGGUUGAAGCAGCGUAUGGCAGCAGCUGGCCGUGGACAAUAUGAUGCUGUUUUCAUGUCUGGAAGGCACCUUUUUACUAUCUACAAUGCCACUGGUAGCACCAUUGUCGACAUUGGUUCACCAGAUCCUCCGCAAUUUGUGUACGAUGAUGAAGAAUAUCAGGACGUUUUCUUGACAGGUAAAAGAUGUAAAAUGGUGACGGUGAAUAUUUGGAAAAACAUGCUUCAUGAUAUACUUGGUAACUUAGAGUUUGCACCAGUAACCAAUCAGUGGUACAAGGAACCCGCUUCCAUCACUUCCACCAUCUCCCCCUCGGAGUUCUCUCGAUCUACCGCUCGAGAAUCAAGUUUGUAG